AUGAUAUUAGAUGCAGCAGCAGGUGGAACAAUGAUGAGUGUAGAUGCGGAGCAAGCAAUAAGAAUCAUUGAGGCAUUAGCAUCCACAGAUCAUCAAGCUCAGCAUAAUAGGCAAACUGUUCAGAGGAAGGGAGUGCUAGAUCUUAGUACUACAGAUGCGAUCUUAGCUCAGAAUAAGAUUCUAACUCAACAGAUUGAAGCACUAACGAAGCAGAUGUUUAAAUUACCAGAGCAGUUGCAAGUUGUGCAAUCUUCUCCUAGUCAACAACCCAUGAGAUGUGACUUCUGUGGAGGAGAUCAUCCAAAUGGUCAUUGUUCUUAUCAGAGUAGCUCACAAGGAGAAGUUCAAUAUGUGAGCAACCAAGGAAGACCAGGAAAUUUCUCCAACAAUAACAACUUUUCACAAGGGUGGAGAAACAAUCCAAAUCAGAAUUUUGGAUGGAAGCAAGAUGCUGGUCCUUCAAACAAACAACCUCCUUAUCAACAACAGCAACAACAUUAUCCUUCGGUGCAUGACAGAACAUCUAAACUGGAGGAUACUUUAGAAAAGUUUAUGCAAGCUUCUUUGACUAAUCAGAAAAAUACAGAAGCUUCAAUCAGAAAUCUCGAAACACAGGUUGGACAGUUGGCGAAACAAUUAUCAGAUCAGCAGACAGGUCAAUUUCCAGCCAACAGACAGACUAAUCCCAAGGAGCAUUGUAAAUCUAUUACCACCCGAAGUGGUAAAGUUGUGGGAAGAGGGAUUGGAGACAACCUGGGUGUAGAGGAGGAGAUGCCGACAUAUGCAAAAUUCAUGAAAGAGCUCUUAACAAAAAAGAGAAGAUUCUCUGAAGAGACAGUGGAGCUUGAAGCAGGGUGUGGUGCUAUAAUUCAGAAAUCAUUACCUCAGAAAUCCAAAGACCCUUGGAGCUUCACUAUUCCAGUUACAAUCGGGACAUUACCAGUGGGAAAAGCAUUGCUUGAUCUGGAUGCCAGUAUAAAUUUGAUGCCUUUGUCUAUGCUACGGAGAAUAGGAGAUCUGGAAGUGAGGCCUACACGGAUGACAUUAUAG